AUGGCCUCCGGCAGCAGACGCGUCUUCUUCGUGGGCUCCGGGCUCCUGGCCCUCUGCUGCGCGCUCACGGCGGCCGUGGCCGCGGGUCUGCCUCUGUGGAUCCGCGGGAGCGCGCUGUGCCGGACCGGGGCCGAGCUGGUGAACGCGACCGGACCGGAACUGGACCAGUUCGUGGGCCCGCUGAGCUACGGCCUGUUCGCGGGCCAGCGGCUGAAGCAGUGCGGGCUGGGGGGGCGGCCGUCCCGCUUCCACUUCUUCCCAGAGCUGCAGAGCGUGGUGCCCACCGGCCUCCACGUCUCCGUCAUCUUCUUCUGUGGCGUGGUCAUCCUCUUCUCCUCCGUGGCCACCGGCUUCUUCUUCGUCAACGCCUUCGGACGACCCUACGAGAUGCUGCAAGGCCCCAUGGGACUUUACCUGUGGACCUUCAUCUGCUGUGUGAGCAGCCUCCUGGUGAUGAUCCUCUUUGCGUCGGAGGUGAAACUUUAUCGUCUCUCUGAUCGAAUCGCAAACUUCAACGAGGUCAACUUCCUGUUCCAGACGCACAGCGAGAGCUACGACCGCUGCUUCUGGCUCUUCUUCCUCGUCUUCCUCCUCCACGGAGUCAACUUCCUGCUCAUCCGGCUGGCGGGGGUGCAGUUUCCCUUCAGGGAAACCAAAGAGUCGGACGGGAGCGGGGGGGCGGACCUCAUGUACUGACAGGACCUUAAGAAACUGAACCCGAGUCUGUGAGAGUCCACAUGAAGACAGAGACACAACCAAUAGAAACCUCCCAGUAGCCCCGCCCCCACACUGCUGCAUCCUCAUGAUGUCAUCGCUAGGUCUGAUGAUGUCAUCGCACACAACCAGGGAGAGUGAGACCAGACGCUACACACGAUGAAGCUGUCGACCAAUCAGAGCAGACUUUAUCAGGAGGAGGAUCUUAAAACGUAAUAAAGUGAUCGACCUGAACACGAUCAUUAAUAUUCAUAUUCUCCUGUGAUACCAUGUGACUAGAGAAAUAGCUUCUGUAAUAAAGAUGAUCACAGAGUUAUUGAUCAUAUAAGUGA